GGGAAAGAGCCUACCUAGCUAGCGUUGCUCUCAGGGUCUCACCAUACACACUGCAUAUAUGCAUGUGAAGAAGGUGAGAGAUAGAGAGCACUGCGAGUGAAAGCUAGAGCGGCAAGCUAGCAAGCUAGGCACACACGAGCACACAGAUAUAGAGUACUCAAGAACAUUGUCACACAAGCACGCACACGCAGGAGCUCGACGCUGAAUCAGAUGGCUCGCCCGCUCUUGGCGGCGCUGGUGCUGGCGGCGACGCUGGCGAGCCUCGUGCCGCCGCUGGCGAGCGAGGCGACGACGUGCGAGAGCGCGAGGCGCGGGCACCACCAGUACAGGCAGCCGGUGGGCGUGCGGAGGAUGGUGGUGGACGCGAGCGGCGCCGGCGACUUCCUGUCCAUCCAGCAGGCCGUGGACUCCGUGCCGGUCAACAACAGCGUGCGCGUCAUCAUGCAGAUCAACGCCGGCACCUACAUAGAGAAGGUGGUGGUGCCGGCGUCGAAGCCGUACAUCACGCUGGAGGGCGCCGGGCGCGACGUGACGGUGGUGGAGUGGCACGACAAGGCGAGCGACCGCGGCCCCGACGGGCAGCAGCUCCGCACCUACAACACCGCCUCCGUAACCGUUCUCUCUAACUAUUUCACCGCCAAAAACAUCAGCUUCAAGAACACGGCUCCAGCACCAAUGCCCGGCAUGCAAGGGGGCCAGGCGGUGGCGUUCCGCAUAUCCGGCGACAAGGCCUUCUUCUUCGGGUGCGGGUUCUACGGCGCGCAGGACACGCUGUGCGACGACGCCGGCCGGCACUACUUCCGCGACUGCUACAUCGAGGGCUCCAUCGACUUCAUCUUCGGCAACGGCCGCUCCCUCUACAAGGACUGCGAGCUGCACUCGACGGCGCGGCGGUUCGGAUCGGUGGCGGCGCACGGGCGGCAGGGGCCCUGCGAACGCACCGGCUUCGCGUUCGUCAACUGCCGGGUGACCGGCACGGGGAUGCUCUACGCGGGGCGAGCCAUGGGGCAGUACUCGCGCAUCGUCUACGCCUACACCUACUUCGACAACGUCAUCGCGCCCGGCGGAUGGGACGACUGGGACCACAACAGCAACAAGAGCAUCACGGCGUUCUUCGGGAUGUACAGGAACUGGGGGCCCGGUGCCGACGCCGUGCACGGCGUGCCAUGGGCGCGGGAGCUCGACUACUUCACCGCCCGCCCGUUCCUCGGCAAGAGCUUCGUCAACGGGUUCCACUGGCUCACACCAGAUGUCUGAACUCACAGACAGUUUCCAGCACCACAGAUUCAGCAGACAAGAUACAUUCAUACUAUACAUCACAAGCAUACAAGGGUAGCACAGAUAUAAAGGAACUAGUACAGUAUAGUUACUCGUUUUUCAUCGAUUUAAACUUCCCAGUGUAGUUACUACGUAGUUAUUCGAAAGCACAGGCACAGCUGGCCGUGUACCAGACCAAAUUGUUCAUGUAAUCUUCAAAAACUAAACAGCACAGUUGAAUUGGUUA